UGAACCGCCCCGCCAGUCCUUCUGUCCUUCCGUUAUUAAUAUUGGCCCUAGUCCCACUCGCGCUUCUCGCAUCCGAGGGCUUGGCUGGCAGGAAGUUCUGGAGCAGAAUUGGCCGCUAUCGGCCCGCAGCAGGAAAAACGAGGUGCGCGCACCCGGACACACACUUGGGAUUGCACCUUCCCGCACAGUGUUCAGGCUCAGUCUCUCAAACUGCUAUCCCUGCGAUUUACCCUACGUGUAUCCUAGAAGUGCUUGUCCGUAAACUUCAAGUUCCAUCCAGUGGCAAAAGUGUGUUUAGCGGAGCACAACCACCGAUUCCUCACCUACGAUCACUCACUCAUCAAAUAUCAUACAUCACUUGUGCCGAUUCAUCACCUCGAGUCUUCACCCCGUCACCCUUCAGAUCAACUUUACCCAAUCGAUUACUUCGACGCCAGCUACGAUGGCUAACAAACAUGCGCCUGGCACGACCCAAGCCGACACGACCAAGGCUAGUAUCGCCACCCUGCCAUACGAGCUUCAAGCCGCCAUCUUCGAUGCUGCCAUGGAACCUCAAGUCAUCUUCAUGGAUAUCGUCGACGGCUCCUUGACCUUCACUCCCCCUGCGGACAGGACCAUCGGCCACGCCUGCCAGCUCUCGCGAGAAAUUUAUUGCAAACAUAAAAAGCUCCGUCUGCUAGGCAAGGACUGUGUCUGGGUCGACAGCAGCCGCGACAUCUUCUAUCUGCGCAGCGACGACCCGAUCCCGCGCGCGCACCGGCCAUCCGAACGAUGGGAGUCGACGCACCAGCUCGAGGCGCCCUUCUACCUGCGGGCGAUACGGAACGUGGCCAUCGACCUGCAGUACCUGGGGGAGCACCCGCGGCACGACGCCAUGGUGCGCAUCUGGUCGCUGUUCCCGCACAUGCGCGCCCUGCACGUGCUCGUGCCCAAGGGCCCGCCCCAGACCCCGGCCCUGCAGACCACCCCGGAGGGCCUCGUGCUGUCCGAGAUCCCCAUCGCCCACAUCGUCGCCGCCCCCAAGCACGACAAGGAGCUCUGGCUCGCCGUGCGCUACCAGGUCAAGAAGGUCUGCUCGAGGAUCCUGACCGUCGAGAACGGCUGGCAGGGCCGCCACAUGCCUGAGGUCUACGGCCAUCUGACUAGCUUGCGGCCUGGCCAUGAGCAGACUGAGGACGACCCCGAGGGAGCUGACUAGAGGACCUCUCUGCCAUCGCCUGCUACACGGACGGGCGGUGCUGUUGGCCAGGAGGUGUUGGAGGAGCAAGUGAAGGAAAAGAGGAGGCGAGCAGAGAGGCAAAAGAGGCAGCUAUUGGAGGUGCUGAGCCUGCUUUACAUGAACAAGAGAGAUAAGGGAUGAGGUUAUUGGGAUCUUACGGCGUUGGCUGUUAACGGUGUUUUUGUUUUCCGGGGUCCCCACGCAGAAGGAACCUCGGCGCUGGCUGUGCAUUCUUAGGGAGUUGUGGGAGGCUACUUUACUGCCGGGUUGUUGUUUUCUGGGAUCAUCGGGGUCGGCGUAUCGUGGCAUCAAGGUUUGGGGGUUAAGGCAUCAUCAGCAUUUGGCGCGGUUGGGUUAAAACCUAAGUGCAUUAGAGAUACCUAGUAGGAUUGUAACGAGUACAAUGUUAGAAUAACACUCAAUACAAAGCGCAUUGUCUUUG